AUGAUAUCUAUAAUAUUAACUUGUAUCAUCUUCAUAAGUUCAUUUGUGAAUGGUAAUUUAUUUGAUUUCUUACAAAAUUUUGGAGGUCAACAAGGAGGACAUCAACAACAAUUUCAUGAAGGUCAAUAUGUCAAUCCUCAAGAUUAUGAGAAUGCCAAAUUGAAUACUAGAUGUAGGAAUUAUUUAUGUGAAGAUACUGGUAUUUGUGUUAAAGAACCUAAAUUUUGUCCAUGUCCAUAUCCAUCCUCCCAAUUAAGAUGUUUCUUACCCGAUGGGAAAUAUCUUUGUAUUUCAAAGCCUGCUGAUGAUAGUGGGAAAUAUGAUGACCCAACUACCAAUUUCAAAGUUGAUGCUAAAGAUGAUAAUGUAAGAGAUUGUGGAUGGGUAUCAAGAGCUUAUAGAGGUCUUGUAUGA